ACAACAUAUAAAUUCAGUUGGCACUACUAUUUCGACACUCCUAGAGAAAUACUAAAUUUAAAUAGCUAAAUUUUCUGUUCGAAAUCAUCGGGAAUAACUGGAUCGCCUUGCCUGAGAUGAGUAUCUGGCCCAUUCGAACAUUGCCAAAUUCAAAAAUGCGUAGUUGCAUAAUGGAGCUCGGUCGCACCAAUCGCCACACGGAUUGCACAUUCAUAAUUGAGGACGACAGCGGUGGCAAUCAAUCCUUUCCCUGCCACAAAUUGCUAUUCAGCUGCGCCUCCGAGGCUUUCGAUCGCAUGCUCUAUGGCGACUACAUUGAGUCCACCAGCGGAGUUGUCAGACUGAACGAUGUACAACCGGAUGUAUUUGAGAAAUUCCGAGAUUACGUCUACGGCUAUGAGAGCGAUAAGCUGCAGAAGUACGACUUUGAUACUCUGAUUCGCCUCUGCGAGUUUGCUAACAAAUAUCUGGUGCAAUCCCUCGAAGAGGACUGUGUGAAGGAUCUGCUGAUCCGCAAGAACACUUUUGACAUGGGAGAGUUACUUCGUCUAUUCCAGUGUGCCCAUCGCGUGAAUCGCAAAUCGUUAAUAAACCAAAUAGCCUGGGAGCUGAAGUGCACCUUCAAGAGCACCUUGGACCACUCGGGCGUAUACGAGUUCAAUAGCGAGGUAUUUAAACACUAUAUCGAAGUGAUUGCUAGCAAAAUAUCGGAGGCAGAUCGCUUCCGCCUGCUGGAAAUGUAUCUCAAAUAUAAUGGUAUCGAGGAAUCGGAAAGUGUGGAGCAGGUGGCUAGCCAGGAUGCAACUGGACCCACCACCGCCACCAACGAAGUGGAAAAUCAAGAAUCGGAGCUGCCAUCCACUAGCUGCGCUCCGCUCGAAACUGAAUGCAGUGAUAAGAACCCAAGUGUUGUCAGCGAUCUGAUUGCACUGAUUGAUUUUGGCAAGCUUUCACCCAAGGAAUUCUACGAUGGACCCGGCAAAUCCAAUUUCCUUCGCCUGGCUGAGAAGUACGAGCAUAUGUAUCAAAUCGCCAAGAACUGCGUUGCGGCCAAAGAUGAACUCAAGUUGAAGGUGGCAUUGGCCACGGGACAGAAGCCCCAACCUGCCGAAACCCGACGCAUAGCUCACCUGGGAGGCAGCUUAAUCAGGGAAGAUCCAACGGUUACCCCGCAUUACCUUUCCCGACCCAGUCGUCGAUAUCGCGCCUGGUCAGCACAAAGUGACGUCUAAUCUCGAGAUAUAUAUAUUUGCACCAACUCCGAGGUAUACUUAAUAUGAUUUUGAAGCUUCUCUCUAGCUGUGGACUACUAGGACCUACAAUUAACUGAAUGAAAACUGUAAAUUCAUUUACAAAGCAGGCAAUUUUUCUAUAAAUGCCACGAUGCUUUUAGCAAAAGUAGAAAUUAUCUAUAUGUACAUAUUAUCUAUAUGUAACAUAUCUUUUGUGAAUACACAAAUUGUUUACCUACAAAACGUGUUUAUAAAUUAGUAAUGCUGAUAAACAAAUCGGCAGAGAACAGAAAUUUGGCUUUUUAUCACCAUUUUAGCAUUCUCAAAACUUGUUGUUCUGUUCAAAUAAAUAGUAUGAAUGAU